GCAGCGGGGGGCGGGGGAGAGGAAGGAGGGGGCGGGCGCGGGGACGCUAGGGCGAGGCGGCCACGCGGGGCCGGGAAUGUCCGCGGCGCGGGGCCCCAGAGCCGCCCGGUGGCCGUGUCCGGGCGAUGGCUCUCUGCCUGGUCGCCGACUUCGACCUCGGGAAGGACGUGCUCCCGUGGCUGCGGGCGCAGCGGGCGGCGUCCGAGGCCAGCGGGGCCGGAAGCGGCGGCGCAGAUGUUUUAGAAAACGAUUAUGAGAGCUUACGUGUAUUAAAUGUUGAAAGAAAUGGAAAUAUUAUUUAUACAUAUAAGGAUGAUAAGGGAAAUGUCAUCUUUGGAUUAUAUGAUUGUCCAACCAGACAAAAUGAGCUUCUGUAUACCUUUGAGAAAGACUUGCAAGUUUUCAGUUGCUCUGUCAACAGUGAAAGAACUUUGCUUGCUGCAAGUUUAGUUCAGUCUACUAAAGAAGGAAAAAGGAACGAACUUCAACCAGGAUCAAAGUGCUUGACUUUGUUGGUUGAAAUCCACCCUGUUAACAAUGUGAAGGUUCUAAAGGCUGUGGAUAGCUAUAUUUGGGUUCAGUUUCUCUACCCACACUUUGAAAGUCAUCCUCUUCCAGAGAACCAUCUGUUACUGAUUUCAGAAGAGAAAUAUAUUGAGCAAUUUCGUAUCCAUGUCACCCAAGAAGAUGGAAAUAGAGUGGUGAUUAAAAAUUCUGGCCAUCUCCCGAGAGACAGAAUAGCUGAGGAUUUCGUUUGGGCUCAGUGGGAUAUGUCAGAACAGAGAUUAUACUACAUUGACCUGAAGAAAUCAAGGAGUAUCUUAAAAUGUAUCCAGUUUUAUGCUGAUGAGAGCUAUAACUUAAUGUUUGAAGUACCCUUGGACGUAUCAUUAAGCAACUCGGGAUUUAAACUUGUCAACUUUGGAUGUGAUUAUCAUCAAGACCGAGAAAAAUUAUCGAAACACCUGACUCUGUGUGUUUUUACCAACCGUACAGGUAUCCCUCAGCUGUACUCAUCCCUUCAUGCACCAGUCCUAGAGAGCUCAAGGAGGUGGUAUUUUCAGUGGAGACUUGAAGGAAGUUUGUGUGUAUGUUACAGCCCGAAGCAUGCCUCUUGGGAACAAAUCACGUAUUCAGUGUUUUACAUUCAUAAAGGACACAGCAAGACCUUCACCACUUCUCUUGAGAAUGUUGGCUCACACGUGACAAAGGGCAUUACUUUUCUCAACCUUGACUAUUAUGUGGCUGUUUACUUACCUGGUCAUUUCUUCCACCUACUUAAUGUUCAGCAUCCAGACCUGAUCUGCCACAGUCUCUUUCUGACAGGAAAUAAUGAAAUGAUUGAUACGCUACCUCAUUGCCCUUUACAGUCAUUAUCAGGGUCCCUGGUACUGGAUUGUUGUUCUGGAAAGCUCUAUAGAGCACUGCUCAGCCAGUCAUCUUUAUUACAGCUUCUGCAGAACACCCGCUUAGACUGUGAGAAGAUGGCCGCGUUGCACUGUGCGCUCUACUGCGGUCAAGGCGCGCGGUUCCUGGAAGGCCAGAUUAUUCAAUGGAUUUCUGAGAAUGUCUCUGCCUGCCAUUCAUUUGACCUCAUUCAGGAAUUUAUAAUUGCUUCUUCAUAUUGGAGUGUAUAUUCAGAGACAAGUAACGUGGACAAACUAUUGCCACAUUCCUCAGUGCUCACUUGGAAUACAGAAAUUCCUGGAAUAACUCUUGUGACAGAAGACAUUGCAUUGCCUUUUAUGAAGAAGAACCAAAGGGUGGAUAAGUGUACAUUCAUCAUAACUAAAUGGAAAGGGAAAGAAAAGAUGAGUGAGGUGCUCAGCUUUAAGGGCUACUGGGAAAAACUGAACUCCAACCUAGAAUAUGUUAAGUAUGCCAAGCCACACUUCCACUAUAACAACAUUGUGGUCAGGAGAGAGUGGCACAACCUGAUCUCUGAAGAGAAAACAGGAAAAAGAAGGUCCACGGCAUACGUGAGGAAUAUUCUUGAUAAUGCAAUAAAGGUGAUUUCUAACCUAGAAGCAAGAAAUUUGGCGCCAAGAUUAACACCCCUCUUGCAGGAGGAAGACAGCCACCAGCGGCUGCUCAUGGGGCUGAUGGUGUCUGAGCUAAAAGACCAUUUUUUGAGACACCUACAGGGUGUAGAAAAGAAGAAAAUUGAACAGAUGGUUCUGGACUACAUUUCAAAACUGCUGGAUCUCAUUUGCCACAUCCUAGAAACCAGUUGGAGGAAACAUAAUCUUCAUUCCUGCGUUCUCCACUUCAACAGUCGUGGCAGUGCUGCUGAAUUUGCAGUUUUUCACAUCAUGACCAGGAUUCUCGAAGCUACAAAGAGUUUGUUUUUACCUCUGCCUCCUGGUUUUCAUACUCUGCACACCAUCCUUGGGGUCCACUGUCUCCCUUUGCAUAACCUGCUGCAUUGCAUUGACAGUGGAGUGUUGCUUCUCACUGAAACAGCUGUCGUAAGGCUCAUGAAAGAUCUGGACAAUACAGAGAAAAAUGAAAAACUGAAAUUCAGUAUCAUUUUGCGGCUUCCUCCGCUUAUUGGUCAGAAGAUUUGUAGACUUUGGGAUCAUCCUAUGAGUUCUAACAUCAUUUCACGGAACCAUGUGACGCGACUGCUUCAGAACUAUAAGAAACAGCCUCGGAAUUCUAUGACUGACAAGUCAUCCUUCAGUGUAGAAUUUCUGCCUCUGAACUACUUCAUUGAAAUUCUGACAGAUAUAGAGUCCUCCAAUCAAGCCCUGUAUCCUUUUGAAGGAGAUGACAAUGUGGAUGCAGAAUUUGUAGAGGAAGCAGCUCUGAAACACACCACAAUGCUUUUGGGCUUAUGAAAAAGAAAAUGCAAUUGGAUCUGCUGCUGCCAUUUUAAUCUUGCUCAUUAUCCUUACUCCUGUUGAGAAUCUUUUAGCAAUAUUUAAAAUUGGUAACAAAACUAAGAAAUUGUUUAGCCAUCUGAGUUUCAGGUUGGUACAUGUUCAGACAGAACUAUAACUGCUGUAUCACAUUCUAAUUUUGAAUAGCCAGUGAGCAAUCGAGUGUAGAAAAAUGAUAAAUGGUCUAAGAAGGCAUACAGUGGCAUAAACUAUGCUCUUCCUAGUAGCUUAAUAGGCCACAAGCUAGUUUCUGUUGCACUCUGAAAUAAAAUAUGCUUUAAAAAUGUAGGGAACAGUGCUUAGAAAAGCAAAAAUGAGGUGUGUCAUUGAAAUAACAGGAAGAAAAGUUAAAUGUUAUGUAAGAACACUAUUUGGAAAGAGGUUCCUUUUAAAAACUGAGUUUGUACUAAAUCAGAUUUGCCAUGUCCAGCACAGAAUAAUUUGUACUUAGUAUUUACAGCAGGGUUUGUCUUUGUGAAUUCAGAUGAAAUGUAUUUAAUUUUUUUAUAUUUAUAAAACGUUGAUUUAGGAAUAUUUUGUCAUUAAAAAAUCUGAAAACA